AUGUGGUACAUUACGCGCAUCUUGUCGGCGCUCCUGUUUCUCUUCAGCGUCGUCUUCACCAUCCCACUGGCCUUUGAUGUCGGCGGCCGAACCUGUGGUCUUGCCUUUUCACUCUCGCUGAGCGCCUUCUACUUCUUCUACUCUGCGCUACGACUCGCCACGCCCGAUCGCUCGAGACUUCGCUAUGCCCUCGUCAACACCAUCGCUGCCUCGCAGUGGAUCGUCAUCCCCACCCUCAUGAUCUGGAGUCUCAACAAGUUUUCGGUCGACUCGGACGCGAGCGCGUGGGUGGAAAAANAGACCUUCAGUGGGAAAAGAGCACAGCACGAUACUUUCUAUGCAUGGGUCUUUGGUAGCGACGGCCUGGUGCAGUCACUCACCAUUGGUGGCUGGGACAAACUGCUGCGCUGGUCGACCNCCGUCUUCCAGCUGAGUGAAGGCUUCUGCAGUCUGCUCGUCAUCCAAGCCGCUGGUCAGAUUACACGAUACCUGGUGAACCGUGAAGGAGGUGAUGGUUGGAUGAUCGGACUGCUGAUCACCUCUGCCUCGAUCAUCUCGAGUUCCGUCUACUUCCUAUGGAGAAUCACCACUUUUCCGGAGCUCGGUAAUGUCGAUGCUAUCCUGAUCGGCGUUGCUAUUACCUGCGCUUUCUUCCUCUGUGUCUGGGGCAUUGGCAGCGGCAAGGGUAACCCCGUCGAGAGCUCGCUGCUCCCUUCGAACCCAGCCCAAUCCGUUCCUGUUCCUGCCGAGCCAGACUUCCCGCCAUUGCCUCCAAUCAUUAUGGCAUCCUACUCGACUCUGAUGCACGCCCUUUCUACUCUCCCAUCUACGAUCCACACUUCGUUCAACUUUCUGUUCGCAGCAAUUAUGACCAUCACCNCCUCCGUCAUCAUUUCGCUGGCAUACCGUCUCUUCGUUAUGUACGCUUCCGCUCGUAUCAUCCCGGCUGUGCGCGAAUCAGGAGCUCGCGCGCUUUCGCAAGAACCGUCGCUGGAAGACAGUGACGGCGUUGGUCAGGUCCUCGGGUUCCUUGGAUACUUCAGCCCAAGUAUCUUGAUAGCUGUCUACACCAGUCUCUUGAUGCAACAUUUCGCUUCGGCUUCAGCUGAUCACCCUGGAGAGUGGUGGACCAGUCAAGGCGGAGAUGCAGGUAGCAACGUCUGGAGAUGGGCCAAUCUGGCUGGUACUAUGGCACUCUAUGCAGUGGAGUUAUAUCUUGGCAAGGGCCAUGACGACAGUAGUCUCACAAGUCAUUGGAAGAUCGAUUGA